AUGACUCACCCUUCACAGAUUUACGGCUAUGAGGAUCCCACCAACCCUAUCGGCUGGAACUUGUCAACAACCGUUCAGAGACUCAUUUCUUCGCUGAUGACCGUCGGCGCCUUCACAGGCUCUCUAGCGGCUGGACCUAUGGCCAUCAAGCUUGGGCGGAAGUACUGCAUCUGGAUAGCAUGCAUCCUCUGCUGCGGGUCGAAUGGCAUCAUGCAAGGGACCACCAACCUGGGCGGCAUCUAUGCCGGACGCUUUCUCAUUGGCGUCGCGAAUGGCUUCUUCAUGACCUUCGGUCAGCUCUACAUUCAGGAAGUCAUCCCGGCUCGUUACCGAGGCGCCAGCAUCGCAUCCUUCAAUGUCUUCACAAGCGUUGGCUCUCUCAUUGGCAACGUAGUCGACAACGAGACUGCUACGUGGACUAACAAGCAGUGCUACGUUGUGCCACUCUCCGUCAUCUACGCUGUUCCGGCCAUCAUCUCCGUUGGGCUGUUCUUCAUCCCUGAGACACCUCGCUACCUGGUUGACAAAGGCAAGCACGAGGCUGCUCGCAAAGCACUGCUUUGGCUUCGACCCAAAGGAAGCAACAUCGACAUCGAGCUCGUCGAGAUCCAAGAGACGGCCCGGCUCGAAAAGGAGAUGGCUGAGUCUGUGGGCUGGAUCGAUCUCUUCCGUCGGCCAAUUGACCGCAAACGCACCCUGCUGGCUGUCGCCGCUGUCUCCACCCAAGCUGCUUCGGGCGCUUUCUACAUGAUUGCUUAUGGUACCUACUUCUUCGAGAUGGCCGGAGUCGGCAAUGCUUUCAGAAACUCCGUCAUCUUGACUGCCGUUGGCGUAGCUGCCAUCCUCAUCUGCGUCUACAUCAUGCCCCGGUGGGGUCGUCGACGCCGCUUCUUGACGAGCUCACUCAUCAUUUGUGGCUUCGCUCAGCUGAUUGUGGCCAUCUGCUACACCCGCCGCGACCCCAACGACAUCGAGCAGACCGGUACAAUCAUCGUGGCCUUCUCGGUAAUCUACAUCGUGGCGUACAAUGGCGGCAUGGCCAGUUUCGCCUGGCUCGUGGGCGGUGAGCUGCCUCGACAGUCUCUGCGAUCCUACACCUUUGGCCUCGCCGCCGGAGUUGGCUUCAUCGGCGCCUGGCUGGCGGCAUUCACCGCACCCGACUUUAUCAACCCCGAAGCGCUCAACUGGGGUCCUCAGUACGGAUAUAUCUGGUUUCCAUCGUGCUUGAUUGCCGCUGCAGCCUUGGCUAACAUUGUGGCGCAGACCAAAGGCAGGACUCUGGAAGAAAUCAACGAAAUGUUCGAGGCCGGUGUGCCGGCGCGCAAAUGGGCCGGCUACCAGACCUCGAUUCACCACGUUGCCGAGGAGAAAACCGUGCCGCCCACCGCCAACACUAUCGAGGGGGCGGCGAUUGGUAAGCCCGUCGCUGACGCCAGUGUCGAGAUGGUGGAGGAUGUUGCCCAUCAUCACAUCCACAAGCGUAGCCAUGACGCGCCGAGGGAUGCAGAGAAGGGCUUCUAA